AUGGGGCCAAGGCACCUCAAAGAAGGACACCUUCUUGUUCAGGUAACACUGCUUGUUGCAAGACUUGUUUGUAUCUUGACAAAAGAUGAUUUGAAGCGGCCGGGAAACAUCAAGAGAUGGGCGAAAAAGUGGAUAUCUAUCGGUGCGGACAAGUGUUUGCGAGUUUCCGAUGGACAGACGGCCAAAGCUGUAUCCGAUAGUCUGAGUUUGGCUUCUUUGGGUCCGAAUGACGUUGUACUCCCCAACGAAGUCGAGAUUCACAUCAAGUAUGACGAGAAGUUGUUGCAGCUGAAAGCUACGAACGAACAAGAAAGAAAUGAAUGGUCGAAUCUGAUAGUGGCUGUCUCACAAGACCGAGAGAACAAGCAGCAUGCCGAGGGCUUGCAGACAAGCCACCAGCACAGGAAUGAGAAUGAUAACCCUUCAGACCCCGAAGAUGGUGAAACGCUGCUGGAUGAAAUCCUCGGGUGUGAGAGUGAAGAAGAAGAUCACGAGUUUCAUGAUACCCACUCCCAUCGUAGCUUCAAAGACAAGGACGAUGACGACAACACGUAUCAAUACGAUUCCAGUAUUGAAGGAGAGGCCCCGCCCGCCCGCAGGAUUCGGGUUGGAUCUGAAGUAGGAGGCCAAGAACAGGCUGGAAACGAAGGAGAUUAUGAAGCCUCGUCUGAGACAAGGGGAUUCGACAAAGGACAAAUGCCAAGAAUACCAAAAUUGAGUGAAAGCCAACAGGCUGCACGCAACAGUUCCAAGUUCGAACAUCGAGUCUUUGUCACAGGCAUAUCAGGUGGAGGAGAAUGGUUGGAUAGGAAUCUACUCAAGUGGCAUUUUGAACGUUUUGGACUUGUUACCGAUGUAUUCAUGCCAAAGAACAAGAGGAAUCGUGAGUCGCUUGAAAAGGCGCUGGCAUUGAAAGAGAUGAAUAUGGAGCAUUGUAGAGUACGUUUGAUGCGCGCAGAGCCAAGGCCCGGGGGUGGUGGUGAAAUGUCUGAUCAAGUGCCCAUGGAAAGUACUGUAACUACACCGAGAGGUCAAGAAAACUAUCCGAGGACAGAAGGCUUCCGGAACGAAAGCACGUUUCAACGAUCGAGUACUGAUGACUCUCGUGAAGGAUUCUCGAUGCCUGACAACAGAGACGUUCAUGGCAAACGAGAUCGCGAUGAUAUCCUCAAAGCGCCCGACACUGUCCGUCCAUGCGGUGUCGGGAUGGUUCUAGCUCAUCCUGACAGUACUUCCAAGGCAUGCUGUAUCGUAAAAGAAAUCAAGGCUGGCGGACCAGUGGACUUGUGCGGCAAAGUUCAAGUGGGCGACAGGUUGAUCUCUGUGGGGGGUGUCAGCUGCGUAGGUUUAGCACGUGAUGUGAUCAAGAAUCACGUGCUGGGUCAGCCCGGAUCUUUGGUGGAGCUGGUGUUCGAGCGAGAGGAUGGCGAACCGAUCACUUGUAAUUUGCAGCGUUCUGCUGGUGGUUUGCCAGCUACAGACAAGCCUGUGGAAGGGGAAGAGUGGUCUCGACCCGGGAAAUGGAGUGAUGUCGACUCUCGCGACUCAGAUCCUCGAGAGGCCAAGAGAAGAAAGGCAUUCUCACGAGCUGAAACUGGUUCUUCGGUUGAUCAAGAGAUGAAACCAGGGCCGACGAGUGAUGGCAAUCGCAAUGAAAACUGGCAAUACUCUUCGUCUGACUAUUGGAAUAAUUCGUACUCUGCAUCAUCGUGGCAUUCGGACUACAGAAUGGAUGUUGACCGUCCCGCGUAUGGGGACGAUAAACGAGAUUGGAGCAGCUCUCAAGCAGAUCGUGGUAGAGAGGAUCUGAUUGACAAAGCAAAACUACGAGAUGACGGUCCAGCAGGACCGGGGCACAAUUCUCCUAUCUCUCCGACGGCCUCACGAGAUGAAGACAAGUGGGGAUCCUCUUUGCAAUCGAAUCGAUCGCCUCCACGUAAUCGGCGAUCCCCUCCUCCAAGUAACUCUACUCGACCAGAUCGACAGGAAUUCCGCGUGUUUUUGACUGCAAUUGCUGGCGGGCAUGCUUGGUUGAAUCUAGAUGCCAUUCGUAAGAACAUGGAGAUGUUUGGACGAGUCAUCAACACAUUUAUUCCACCUGGAAAACGAUUUGCUUACACCUCGUUCGACAAUGCCAAGUCCAUGGAAAGUGCUCUCCGGCAUGAAUUCAUCAUUAUUGAAGGCUGUGAAGUCAGAAUCUUGGUUGCGCACAAACAUGACUGGCAAAAGAAUCGAGACAACAAUUCAGUUACUGAUUUGAGAAACAAGAUCUCGGAGAAGAGAGCAGCGCGAGAGGCGCUUGUUAGCAGCACCAGUUAUGCGGGUUUUGCAAACCAAGCAAAACUGACUGAGUUCGAGCAGUACAUAUCAAGUAUCACAUCCUUGAAGGAGCUGUCCGAGUACCUGAACAGCUUUCCGCUUGAGGAGCUUGACUUCGACCGGGCGACGUUCUGUCUGAACCGACUGACCUACAUGACGAGCCACAUCGAGCUACAGGAAUAUCCGUGGAAAUCGAUUGAGAAGCUCAAAGAGGCGCUGGUGAAGACCUACACGGCCCGUGAUGAUGCAAAACUCAUCCUCCAACUUUUAUUUGCCUUGGGCAAGUUCUGCGUCCCAAACUCUCGUGACAUUGACUUCGCACAACGUCUUUGCAAAGAUGCUACUCGGCUUGCAGCGUCUUACUCGUUGUUCGAGGUCCUGUCAUCAUUGAAUGUGGCAGCUACCCUAUCGCCCAAAGUUGAGAGAAGUGUCAUGAAUGAGAUGCUUGCAGCGACGGGAAGAAGGGUUGAGACCUUGAUGGACGAAGGUCUUCAUCUAGGAAUAGAACAAGUUGCUCAAAUCUUGAGUUGCUAUGCGGCAUUGAAAACUUUGCCACUUGAAUCGACUUCACAGAAAUUGAUGGAUUCCCUGACUGCACAGGUACAGAAGAUGUCUGAGGGAAUUCAUUCGGCUACAAUUACGUCAUUGCUUGAUUCUAUGGACAAACUCAGAGGUUUACCGCGCCACGAAGAUCUCAUUCUGGCUAUUGCAGUUCGCUGCCGUGCAAUGCAUCAGCUGCUCCCAACGAAUGAGCUCGUGGCGAUGAUCGUUGCGUUAGCCAAGCUUGAAUCAGUCUUCGAGUCCAACUUCCUGGAGGAGCUGGGCAGUGCCAUGAGCAAGAGGCAGGAUCUGACCCCCAUGCAAGCGGUGGACGCACUUUGGGCACUCCUUUCUUUUGGAUGGAAACGUGAAGAGACCACAAAACUGGCCGAGAUGGCAGCUAGGGGAGUGACAUCAAUGACUUGCCUCUGUGCUGCCCGGCUCCUACAUUGCCUGGGGAAGCUCAGACUUGUGAAAAUGGGCAAGAGAGUGUAUGAGGAUGCUGUGAGCUCUAUCGUGAGAGAGAAGUGUGAGGGUCUGAACGGUCGAGACAUCAUCCAUCUUUUCGAAUCUGUUGAGGCCCUAGGGGAGCCUUUGACCGAGGACCUCGAAGUUGUCCUUGCGAAUGUUUCUAGCACGUACUUCCAUGAGUUUUCUGCAUCAGAGGCGGCAAAGGAACUUGCCAGCAGUCCUGACAGGCUCUCGGCGCCUUCACUGGCAGUGGCUGUGAAAGCCUUAGGGGAGUUGGGCUACAGGCCACCAUUCGAUGUGAUGAGUAUACUGGCUUCGUGGGCAGUUCGACACAAAGACAGAUUGGUAAUCUCUGAAGUGACUGAUGUCCUAGAAGGUUUCCUGCAGACGGGUUGGCAAGGUGUAGGUAACGUGGACCCAGUCCGUGCCCUCUUGAAACGAAUCAAUCCGCUCGUCGAGUCCUUGAGCCCCUCCUGCGCUGCAAAGCUCUUGAUUGCAGUGGGAGACUCAAACUUCCCUUUACUGCCCAACACUUUUGCUCGUGACACAGCGAUGAAACUGCUAUCUCGUGUUACCAUGUCUACUCCGAUCCUCAAUACCAGUAUGGUCGUUGACGUGCUUUGCUCUUGCGCGCGGUCUGAUGGCCAAAGGCAACAUGCGCUGCUCAUCGAGAGUUCCGGAUCUCAAUUCCUCGCCAAGUUUGCAGACCGAGUCCCCAAGAUGAGCACUUCGUCCGCGUGCAAGUCUUUGCUCUCCCUGGGAGAAUCUGGGCUGGCGCCCUGUCAACAGUCCAUCGACAAGAUCGUGUGUCACAUAGUAGCAAGAGCGAAGGACCUGGACCUGCAAGACAUCUGCGACUUCUGGCGAGGGAUCGGGUCCUUGGGUGAGAGCCUGUCUUCUCAACGGCUGGCGAUUCUCUUGAAGUGUACUUUGACUCGAGUUGCGUCCCAUAAGUCCGACAUGAGCGAUGAGGGCAUCAGCCGUGGUAAACUCUCGUUCCAACUGCUCCGGAUCAUCACGCACGCGCUCUGGGUCACAUGCAUCUCCCAAGAGUGCUUGCGGGCCGAGAAGGUGUUUCAGGAUCCAAACCAGGCGAGUUCGCCGGGACGAUCAACUUUCGGGGAUGAGACCAUCUCAUCGCUGAUCGCAGAGCUGCUGAAGAACCACUUGGAGAUUUACAGCCUUAACGCCAUCCAUGCCGAAGAGCGGGUCCGCUGGGGCACACCGGGUAGUCUGCCAUCCGACCUGGAGCAUGAGCUGGAGUGGGAGUUGCUGCCUCGGAUGCACUUGUUCUUUUUGUCGUACAAGAAUUAUGCACCCGAGCUCUUCAAGCAGCUUGUGAGUCAGAGUGAAGAUUGGAAGCUGCUGGCCUUUCAUGCUCGCUGUCGCUUCACAGACCUGACGAUGGCAGAAGCACGAGUCCCAAUCAUCAAUGAGAUGCUGGAGCUGGCCAACAGCUUUGGUCUGCAACUCUCCAAGGAAGAAAUUUUGGAUGAUUGCGGCUACUGUCCGGCCCUGUGUCUAAGGAACAAGUGCGUUGUGAUCGACGUGGUGGACAAGGGCGAUCUGGUGCUGGUGAACAAUGCGAGUUUGACCUCCGACGGCAACUUGCGGCUGAGGGGCUGGGUAAGGCUGAAGCAUGACCUCCUUAGCGUGAUGGGGUGGAAUGUCUUGACGGUCCUGAAAGAGAGGUGGGAGUCGCUCUCUGGACAAGAUCUCGAGAAGUCAAAAUAUUUCUUUGACAACUUGCGGCUGAGACCUUACCUUACUGACCUCCGGAUCAACCUGAGCGAGCCUGACGUGGCUCUCCGCGGUGUGACUGACAGGAAUUCAGCCAUUCUCUUCGUUGAACGACUCGCCUGCGUCUUCGGGAACUUGCGGAUGCUGCAGCCCAAUCACAUCAUGGCGAUCUACAAGCUGCUCUUGCACUCGCCUCCUGUCCACCAGACCCGGCUCGCCUCGGCUCUCAUGUGCUCUGGGCUGCAAGAGAGGACCUUUGAGGUCGUCCGUGCUCUGAGCGUGCAGGACAUUGUCUUCCUGGCGGAGACUCUGACUGAGUUCCUCGUCGAGUUCGAUCUCAUGCCGUAUGGGAGCAGCAGGAUGGAAGUCAGGAUCAAACCUGAGCUCAUCCAAGAGAUCAUCCGUUGGACCCAGGAAGAUCGCAUGUGCGCCUUGACUGGCCGAGUGUGGGCGGACGCUGUCGGCAGGUGGGCCUCUGCCUUGUCAAAGUUGUCAAAGGAGGCGUUAGAGAGCAUCAGCGCGGCUGUGCACUCAGUCUUGCUCCACUGCCACAAGCCCGAGUACCUCUCCCUCCUUGCAGGUGACCCGCUCUGCUCCAUCCUCGUGGCCUGCGGGAAGUUCCCAAGCACCUACCAGUCGUCUGUGAGCUCUUCCAUCAACAUCGUGCUGGAGAGGAUCAUGAGCCCUGAGGUCUUCUCCACCCUCAACGCCCAGCAGAUCGUCGAGCUGCUGGGAGCCUAUCCCUACUGCGGGCACUACAACCUGCGUGCCUUCCGGACGAUGGUGGACCAGGCGGCCUCGUUGCUGGCGAGCAUGACGUGUCACCACAUUGCCAUGAUAGCCCGUGCGCACAUUCGCAACAUGCAGAGCAUCGAGAUCAUCCAGCCGAUGCUGACGUCGAGGCUGCUGCAGAUAUCUGACGAGACUUCGGGUGGGCAAUGGACGCUGCUCAAGGACUGUGUGUCGAUCCUGGUCUCGCUGGGGCUGCUGGGAACGCACGACGACAAGGUUGAGAAUAUUCUGCUGAAUGCUGUGCACACGACAUGCGAGAAGGAGCUUAGAGGUGUUCCCUACGACGUCAUCGCUGAGCUGCUGUGGGUCAUCUCGCUCUGCCGUUACUCGAACCAGGAGAACCCAGAGAUCGAGCGAGUGCAGGUGAAACUGGUAGGUGACUUCAUCGCUGCGUGGGAGAGCGGCACCUUGUUCUUGGGCGACAACCGGCUGGUCAAGAUGGGGAACGAUAAGGAGACGAACAAGAACGUUCUUGACGACACGCACGUGGUCAUGCUGAUGCAGUACUGCGUGUGGCUGCGACAACGAGGAGCAGGAGCUGAGGCGAUCCUGUCGCAGCUGAGCGAGGGGUUUCAAGCCCUGGAAGAGACUCUGAAGCAAUUUGGAAUCGACAUGGAUGCCAGGAGGGCAGCCGCGAACUCGGAGAUAUUCGACGACAUUGCGCAGGUGCUGUCGAGCAUGAACACCAAGUUCGAACGCGCCGUUGCCGUGCACGAGUGCGGAAGUUCCCUGGGCUUCAAGCUACACGGCGUGGCGACAACCAUCGAGAUCUACGCGAGGGACGACUGCAUGCAGAGCAGCAGCCAGCGAGGCUUGUCCCACAAGCCAGCGGGGCUGUGGAUCCAGCGGAUGAACCUGCUGAAGCGGAGCGGGCUGAUGGUACUGGUCGUCGGGUUCGAGCAGUGGGGAGGGCUGAAGAAGGCAGAGGUGCUUGAAGGAGGAGAGCAGCCGCAGGCGCGGUCUGAAUGGCUGAUGAAGCUGAUCAACACGAGCACAUGGGCGAAGUCUCUGGAGCCUCCAGCUGGGAUGACCGCGACGAGCGCGUGCGAGUCGAGCGGGUGGCAGAUGAGCAUGCAGGUGGAGCAGGACGACUACUCAUCGGGAAGCGAGUUGAUGGAGCUUGGAUCCGUCUCCUCCCGGGGGUCUCACGUUGAAAGUCUGGACGAGGAGAGUGCGAGCAACCGAGCGAUGAGUGCGGAGGGAGACAGACUGAAAGCGGAUGACUCGAAGACCAAGAGGAUGCGGCAGGAGGGGAAGCAGUGGACGGUGCACUGGAGCAAGGGAAGGAAUGCGUGGUUCUACCAUAACUCGGAGACGAAGCAGAAGGUGUGGAAGCCUCCUACAGUGCCGGGUUGGAUCAUCAAGACUGGCAGUGGGGAUCAUCCGCCUUACGUGGGAUUGCUCCAUUAUUACUUCAACCCCGAGUCCGGACAGAUCGCGUACGAGCCGCCGAACGCGUGA